AUUGUUCCAUUAAUGAUUUGACUUUUGCACUGCGGAACAACGCAGUACACCAUGUUAACGAUGUUUAGCAUAUGAUGUACCUGUCAUUUACCACAGGAAGCACUACUGACGCAACUGCAAAAACUUGUAAAAGCCACAAACUCGGACGCGCACGGAUGGAGCCGGGCGAAAGUAUACAGAAAAGUAUGGCGCGCUAUCAGCGCCACAUUGCGAUGCGGCACCGAGGAGAAACAUAAAUAGGGCUGCGCAGGGGUGAGAGUGUACGUUAUGGUCGCGUAGCCAAUACAGUUGGUCGUGAAAGGGACUCGAGAGAACGUGAUAUCCAAUCUCGGACGUUUGAAGUGGAUCUUGCAACUGCAACAGUUAUCAAGGUUACAACAGUUAUCUGCGGCAACAGUUAUCAAGAUGACAUCUGCGAUCGGACACUUCCUUCUGAUCACUGUUCUCAUGCUUGUGGGAUGUGCGAGUGUGCUAUGCUCACCGACUAAGGCACCAAGGUACUACCUCCACGGCACACCGAUUACUCCGCAGUUCAUGCAAAAUAUGAGCAAAACCUGCAAAGCCUUAAAAGAUUGGAGUUCCGGACCUCUCCAAACCUUUUUAAACAGUUUUGGCAAGAAGGGAGGACUCGGGUCGACAUACAUAGCAACCCCAAGUAUGACUGAGAAUGCUCAGAAGUACACAGAGCUCUGCAUUAAUCCGCUGGCGGGCCCUAUACCACAGAUGGUUGCAUUUGUGAAAUGGAAUACGAAUGGAAACUUCAUAUAUCCAGGUACGAAAUGGUGUGGUGCUGGAAAUAUAUCCACUAAAGGUCAGGUGUAUGGAACUGGAGAGUCGACAGACAAGUGCUGCCAAACACACGAUAUGGCCACAGAUUACAUAUUAGCAGAGGGAGUUCACGAGAAGAGUAAGCUCAACAAUCCGCAUCCAUAUACUCUAACGAACUGCUCGGAUGACAUGGAGCUCUUCAACUGCCUUUAUAAUGACAACACCAGUCUUUCCUACGAGUUCGGCCAAGUAUUUUUCGACGCCGUGCAUGUUCCCUGCUUUGCACAUACAUAUCCGAUAGAGUGCAUAAGAGAGACAGGUAAUUGGUUUGUCGGUACGAGAUGUGAACAAUACGGGAUCAACAAAGACAAGCAGAAGAUAUGGCAGUUCCUUCAUCCACCAAAUUUCUUCACAGCCUACACGAGGAAAUGGUACAACGACAAUUUCACAGUUUGGUGGGACGACAGCAAUGCGUGGGAUCUAGUUUGCAAGGGGGAUCCUGAUAUGGGGUGCAGCCAUUACGAAUUCAUCAAAAAUUUCAACAAACGAGAAAUACUUGGACCAAACGUCGAAAUGAAGCUUCCAGCAUCCUCAUAGAAUGAGCUCAUGCGUGCAAUAUUAAAGCAGUACGUGAAGACAUA